GCGCGGCUGCCGACCAAAGCAAAACCCCAACGCACUCUUCCCCGCCGCCGUUUCUGCCUCACUUUGAAUCGCGAACCACUACGGCCGCCGCCGCCGCCGCCGCCACCGCCACCACGGCCUCCGCCCCCCCCAUUCGGUGACCAUCGGGCGCAUAGCUGUCCUCCUCACCUCUCGCCUCCUGAUGCGCGGGCGCAUGGCCUCCUCGGCCUCCGCCGCGGCUCUCCUGCCCCUCCCCUCUCCUUCCUGCUCCUCCUCGGAGGACUCCGACGACGGAAAGCACCUCCCGUCUCCUCCCGCACCGGAGGCGAACACCCCGCCUACGCAGCAGCAGAAGCGGCGGCGGCUGGAGCGAGACUACAACGUGGCCAUGAAAGCCCUGGCGCUCGCCGGCGACUUGGACGAGGUGGUCGCUGUCUUUGCUGAGCUAAAGCGGACUGCCGCCGACGGUGGUGAUGGCGGCGCGCCGCCCAACGUGCUGUGCUAUAACACGCUCGUCAAUGCGCUCGCGGAGGCCGGUCGCGAGGGGGAGGCCCUCAAGGCGUUCGAUGAAAUGCUCGCGUCGGGUGUAGCGCCCAACGCGUCGUCACAAAACAUCCUGAUCAAGAUGCACGCAAGGCGGUCGGAGUUUGACCUUGCUUGGGAGCUUAUCCACAAGAGCGGGGUGGAGCCUGACGUUGGUACGUACUCAACGCUCAUCGCGGGCCUGUGCCGGGCAGGUAAGAUCGUUGAGGCGUGGGGCGUGCUUGACUGGAUGCUGGAGAAGAACUGCCGCCCGAUGGUGCAGACUUACACGCCCAUAGUACAAGCAUAUUGCCGCGAUGGCCGCAUCGUGGAGGCCAAGCUGCUGAUGGCCGAGAUGGAACGUCUUGGCUGCCUUCCCAACGUCGUCACAUACAAUGUUCUAAUCAGGGCCUUGUGUGAUGAUGACAAAUUUGAUGAAGUUGAACAGGUUUUAAUGGAAAGUAGUACCAAAGAUUGGAAGCCCAGUACGGUCACGUACAAUAUAUAUAUGAAUGGCCUCUGCAAGAAAGGUAAGGCUAAGGAAGCACUUGAGCUGUUGGAUGUUAUGUUAGGUGAGGGAUUGGAACCCACAGCUUAUACUUGGAGUAUUCUUCUGAAUUGCCUUUGCCAUUCCUCAAGACUUUUGGAUGCUAUAUACUUGUUAGAGAGGAGCACAGAGUUGAAAUGGUAUGCUGGUGUUGUUGCAUACAACACUGUAAUGAGCAGUUUGUGUGAGAUGGGCAAAUGGAGGGGUAUUAUGAAGCUAUUAACAGAUAUGAUCAAAAAAGGUAUCGAGCCAAACACAAGGACGUUCAACAUUUUGAUUCGUAGUCUUUGUGUUGGGGGAAAGUCCUCCUUAGCCAAGAGCUUGAUCCAUAGUCUAGGAUUUGCUGCAAAUGUGGUGACAUACAAUAUACUCCUUCAUUGGUUUUACUACCAUGGAAAGUUAACUGAAGCGAAUCGCUUAAUUUCAGUAAUGGAGGAAAAGAAUAUUGCUCCAGAUGAAGUCACCUAUACUAUAAUAAUUGAUGGAUUAUGCAGAGAAAGGAAAUUUGAUGCAGCUACUGCUUGUUUUCUUAAAUCACUUACAAGUGGGCUAUCGAUGGAUGUUCUUACUGUCCUUCUCAACAGGCUUGUUUAUGCUGAUAAAAUAUGGGAAAUCAAUCGCAUAUUUGAUGGAAAAGAUUUUGUCCCUGAUCAUCAUGUUUUUGACCUUACAAUUAGAACAUUCUGUAGGGUUGGCUAUUGUCACUAUAGAACUUUUUAUAAGCUAAACCUUAUUCUGGAUGCGAUGUUGAAAAGGAAGUAAACUGAAGCCUUGUGGAUCUAGGAAACAUAUCGGUUACUGUAGGCAAGAUGAGAACAGCAGUGGAUUUCCAUCAUUGCCUGACUGCAAUUCUCUUUGUUCAACAUGCCAGGCGGGAAGCAUUUGACUGGCUUUAUCAUUUAAGCUGCUUAAAAAUGGAUCUGUGGUGCAAAAAGCCAAGACCAAGCACAUACUAUUGGUAAAUUGGAACUAUUGAUUUGUUCUGGGUAGAAGAGAAGUGAAUUGAAAUCCAUUAAAGUAAAUGUGGAAGUCCUGCGAAGAAAGGAGUUUGUUAAGAGGCCAUAAGGCAGGUGUGGGCUAUGGGUUUGUCAUUGGUGUUGCCCUUCUGCUUUUAUGCUGUAUAUCAUUUUACGUUGGAGUUCACUUUGUGCACAUUACACAAUGGAAUAUCAGACUGUGAGUUCCCUUGCUUGGGAUUUCAACAGAGUGCAAGAUGCAUUACUGCCCUCCUUUAGGAUUUUCAUUUGGAAAUCAAUGAUUGCUGCAAGGUCUGAGGUAGGAAGGCACUAAGGACACAUGGAGGGAAUUUAUAACAGCAGCAGGUGUUCUGCUGCUAUUUCAUGGUUAUGUAACCACGCAAUAGUUCUUUAGUUAUGUAACCAAGAAAUUGUGAAACACAUGAAUGAGCUUUCAAUAGCUCAAUUCUGAGGGUGUCAGUGGUGCUGCAAACAGUAACAAAUGAAGGCAUACUUUGGAGCUUAGCCGGAGCUUCACAGAGCUAGGUCUAUGGCCCUUGCGGCUCAAGUGGUCUUGUUUUUCUGUUUUUAAGUGUUUAGGGUGGGGAGUUUCUGGAUUCUCCUCCUAUGUGUAUCUUCUUCUUAGUAAUGAAAUGAUGUGCAUAUCUUUAGUUUGUUCGGAAAGAAAAAAUAGUUCUUUGCCCCAAAAGCAAAAAAAAAAAGUAGUUCCUAUUUGACGAGAGACAUUCUCUGGCUGCCAAUAAGAAAAGUUAGUAUUCUGUCUGCAUUCUAUGGUUUUGGUCAAAGGGUUGGAAUCUGAGUUCCAUGAUUUUAGUCAUUUGUGACAAGCUUGUGAUAUGAUUCAUGGUCAAUGGAAUGGCUAAACCAAUUUAGAGUAGCAUCAGCCGUCAAGCAAGGCAGCAAAGCCGUUUAUCAAUGUUAUCGACAUUUUGUUAAACAGGAACUGGCUUUUAACUUGCAGCACUACAUGUGAAGUCUAUACAGCCAA